UGGAAUCGGAACUGGGAGAUGUAAUUUAUCUAUCUUAUCUGGUCGAGCGGAGCAUCAAUGCGUUAUCAAAAUCGGAACCCAAAGGGGUAUUCACACCUUUUCACAACGACGAAAUUAGUCCUUUUCUUAUCAGAAAUCAGUGAAGUGAUCACACACGAGUCAUUGUUGAUUGUAGAUAAAUCGUAGUUCGAAAAUUACCUUAUUAUAUGGAUCAGGCAAGAUACAACACGACGCAAAAAUUCAUUUAUUGUGGGUUUGUGUAUUACGAACGUUUCCGAUUUGGCAGCUAAAGUAGCAGGAAAAAUGAGUGAAAUAUUCUUCAUCGCGUUACGAGAAAACAUCUUGCUAAAAUUUAAUUAAUUGUAUGGAAACGAGAAUAUAUAAACUCAUCCCAGAAUGAAUUAUCAAUGUAGUUUGUCCUAUUUGGAUUCCAAGGAAUCUCAUUAUUCGAUUGUUCCGAAAGAGAGUUUGCUGAAAUUUAAUAACCUUGUCUAUUUGAAAACUGAUUGCUAUACUACAUCGUUCCACAAUGAACAUCUUUACAGGCCAGAAUGUGUUGAAUAGUUCUGUCAACUACAGAGAAUUUCAAAGUCAAAGCCACGAGUUUUUCGGGCAGAGGGUUUCCGCUCCAAUGAAAUCAGGUGAUCCACGAAGUGUGAAAUAUCGAUGCCAAUCUACAGGAGUUAACAACGAAAAUAUUCCAUUCACGACUCCAAAAAAUCAACAAUGCAAAUUGAACGGAAAAUUCUCCACAAAAGAGAGAUCGAGACAGCAUCCAUACGCAUUAAACAACGCUAUAUGUGAAAAUCGACAUCUCACAUCAAAAAGAACAAUCGCAAGCCAACGAGAAAAGAAACGUGUUCAAAUUGUUACGAAACAGCUUCAUGUUUUACGUGAUCAUCUUCCGUAUGAUUGGUUGCCGAGACAACAGGGAGAAAAAAUCUCUAAAAUUUCAGUUUUGCGAUGCGCGAUUUCUUAUAUUUCAUACUUGACAAAAGUUGUGAAGGAUCAAAAUGAAGGAGCCGAUUUGAAUGGCAAAGAAUCAAGCGAUGACAUCAUGUCCGAAAACAACGAAGAUAUAGACGUCGACUUCCAAGAAAUUCUAGAAUAUAUCGAUAACUUUUACACAGAUACUUCGAUUAAUCAAAGUAUAAAUUCAGAAAUUUGUAAUUACUCCAUACCAAGUUCGAGCAUUUCUAACUUUCGAUAAAAUGUUUCUGUUGAUAAUAUUUUUACUCCUGAAAAAUCAUUUUCAUUUGUUAGUUAUUUUCUUAUUUCAUUUGUUUUGUUUUUUAUUUUUUUUCUUAGCUAAAAUAUCGUAGU